GAGAGUGGCAGUCAGAGUUGUAGUCGUCAAGGUGGUAGUAGGCAGCAGUCAGUCAGUCAGUAAUGAUGUAGAAAUGUCGUAAGAAGAACCGAGGGAGAUCACUACAAAAUAUUAUAUACCACCUGAUACAGCACUGCCAUUUCACUUAACUCACCCUUCUUUUCUAAAGAUAGCCACUCAAGAAUUUGCACUUUAACGUCACAAUAACACCAAAGAACUCAACAAAAUGGCAACUCACCGUACAGCUGGUAUUUUUUGGUUAUUUUACUUCACCUUUUUCACCAUGACAGCCCUCAGCUCGGAGUCGGCUCAACCCAUGGACGUGUACACGAUCGGAGGAGUCCUCAGCUCAAGAGAACACCAACAAAUUUUCGAUGAAGCAAUUGAGCAUGUCAACCAGAAAUCUUCAAAAUCAAACAUCAUCUUCAAUUCCACUUCGAUCUUGAUGAAUGCCAACCCGAUACGUUCGGCAUUGUCCAUCUGUGAGGAUCUAAUCCCAAAUCGUGUCUAUGUUGUGAUAGCCAGCCAUCCUUAUGACAGUGACCAGUCACCCAUAUCUGUGUCCUAUACUUGUGGUUUCUACAAUAUUCCGGUCAUUGGCAUAUCUUCCAGAGAAAGUGUUUAUUCCGACAACAAUGUUCAUAACUCUUUCAUCAGAACAGUACCACCUUAUUUCCACCAAGCAGAAAUUUGGAUUAAAAUUCUUCAGAGUUUCAAAUGGACACAAGUGAUGUUUAUAUACAGCAGAGAUGAAGAUGGACAAGCAAUACUGAGCCAUUUUCAAACUUUGGCCAAGGCUGAAGGAAUAUCGAUUGAGAAAACCAUUCGGAUCUUUCCAGGAGUGGAAAACUACACAGAUUCUCUGGUAUCCCUGAAAACCUUGCAAUCACGAGUGAUAUUACUGUAUGCUUUAAAAGAAGAUUCUGAGCGAAUAUUUACCGAUGCUGGAGAUCUGGAAUUAACAUCAACUGGCUACGCUUGGCUAGUGACAGAACAGUCAUUACAAGCUUCAAAUAUUCCUGUAGGCACAUUAGGUACUCAAUUAAUUAACGGCACUAACGAAGCAGCACAUAUUCAAGACAGUAUUUCAUUAAUUUCACAAGCAUUCGUUCGUCUUCGUAAAGAGAUGAACAUCUCGGAACCCCUUAGCCAAUGCACUGAAAUCAAUAUGCCGUGGUAUGAAGGGAAGACCAUUCUACAAUACCUAAAAACUGGUUACCUUGAAGAUGGCGUCACAGGACAAGUGAGUUUUAAUCUGGAUGGUGACAGGAAAAAUCCAGUCUACAACAUUAUGAAUGUACAACAAACAAGGACAGUGGCUGUUGGUAUUUAUGGCAGUAUAAAGAAACCCCAACCUGGAGAGAAUCCUUUGGCCAUGGCAGAAAACAUUAACAUUGUAUGGCCAGGAAACACACACAAACAACCGGAAGGACUGAGGAAAACCACCCACUUAAAGGUUGUCACCAUCCAAGAAGAACCAUUCAUUAAUAAGAGACCGAUUCCUAAAGGGGAAGCCUGUGACUCAGAGGAGGUCUUUUGCCCACAUACUGACAAAUCAACAGGUAACCUCACAGACUACUGCUGUAAAGGUUAUUGCAUAGAUUUACUGAAGAACCUUUCAACCCGGGUCAACUUCACAUUCGAAUUACACUUAAGUUCAGAAAAUACUUAUGGAUCUUUUGAAAGAAGAAAUGGUUCCUCCGAUAAGAAGUGGAAUGGUAUGAUAGGGGAGCUGGUGUCUGGAGAAGCAGACAUGAUCAUGGCACCCCUCACUAUUAACCCAGAGAGAGCUCAACACAUAGAUUUUUCAAAGCCUUUCAAAUAUCAAGGCCUCACCAUUCUAGUAAAAAAGACAAGAAAAGACUCGAGUUUGGCGUCAUUCCUGCAACCAUUUCAAGACACGUUAUGGAUCUUAGUAGGAUUGUCGGUGCAUGUUGUGGCACUGGUUCUUUAUCUCCUAGACAGGUUCAGCCCAUUUGGCCGAUUCAAACUGGCCAAAAGUGAUGACACGGAGGAAGAUGCUUUGAAUCUGUCCAGUGCCAUGUGGUUCGCUUGGGGUGUUUUACUCAACAGUGGAAUUGGAGAAGGUACACCCCGCAGUUUUAGUGCCCGUGUUCUAGGAAUGGUCUGGGCAGGUUUUGCAAUGAUAAUCGUAGCCUCUUACACCGCAAACUUGGCUGCAUUCCUCGUAUUAGACCGACCUGAAGCUUCUAUUUCUGGAAUUGACGAUCCUCGUCUUCGAAAUCCCCAGGAAAACUUCAAAUACGCCACAGUGAAGAAGAGCGCUGUGGAGAUGUAUUUCAAAAGACAAGUGGAAUUGUCCACCAUGUAUCGGACAAUGGAGAUGCGUAAUUACAACACCGCAGAGGAAGCUAUUGAUGAUGUGCGGAAAGGAAAACUUCAGGCUUUUAUUUGGGAUUCUUCCCGUUUAGAAUUCGAAGCCGCAAAUGAUUGCGAACUGGUCACUGCUGGAGAACUGUUUGGACGUUCUGGCUACGGCAUCGGUCUCAGGAAACACAGUCCGUGGACACAGGAGAUAUCGUUAUCUAUUCUCAGUUUCCAUGAAAGUGGUUUUAUGGAAGACUUAGACUCCAAGUGGAUCUUAGUAGAAAGCCAUAAUUGUCCAGAGAGGGACUCAUCACCAGCCACACUCGGACUCACCAACAUGGCAGGUGUGUUUAUGAUGGUUGCUGGAGGUAUUGUAGCUGGAGUACUACUGAUCUUUGUGGAAAUUUUAUACAAACGGCAUCGGGGCAUGAAGGAGAAAGAGCUGGAGUUAGCACGCAAUGCUGCGGAUCGAUGGCGAGGAAAUAUUGAGAAGAGAAAAACAUUGCGCCAAUCAUGGCGGGAGAUGAAAGACCUGAAGACUCUUAAAAUGGCACCAUCCGAUGAUGCCGAUGUGAAGCGAAGAACUCUUCGACAGACCUUGCAGAAACAGAGGGAAGCUGAACAGAAACUGAGUCAGUUUUCGAAAAUGACGCCAAUCACAACUCCAACGUCAAUGAAUCCUACAGCCCUAUCAGUAGGGACUCCAGCUGGGGUGAUAGUGGGAGGCAUGAGCCAGACACACCCGACCCCACCGAAGCCUGCCGUCCUCCUGCAGCGGGGCAACAGCCAGACCUGUGGAGCACCAUAUCCAAGCGAUGCCGAGACUAUGGGAAACGUAACCGGGAGUAGUCGUCCAGUAACGCCAGGUCCCGAAGCAUCUGUGCCAACUUACCCGAUGGUUUCGGAUAGCACCUAUGCCAACCCGGCGCAUUUGGACGACAUUCUAUAAAUGGCAGCAGUUCUAAAAAUUUAGGUGGUGCCUGUUGGAAACUCUUGGUCUUUCUACCAUCCCUACCAUCCCAAUGGUUCUUCAGCAAACAUUGGAACCAAUUUUUUUACAUAAAUUCUUAUAAAGGAAUGCAGCCAAUCAUUUAUAUAUUUA